AUGCUGGGCAACAAGGAUAGAUCGCUGCUGCAUCUGCUGCCCGGCGUUGAGGAAGACCCAGUACUGCAUCGGCCGCCCGGUUGGGAGGACGACUCAGUGCUGCCUUUGCUGCUUAGUAUACGAGAGCAAGUCAGUGCGGCCUCCACCGCCCGGCCUACUCCAGCGAUCCAGUGCUGCCUCAACUGCCUGGGUCUCAUAAAGGGUCCAGCAGCUGCAUCCGUGGCUCGACUACGGUGGCUAUCCAGGUGCAUGGCCCACCCUCCCACCCAGCUCAACGAACUAGAUCGUCGACGUCGGGAGGUGGGCGAAGUGCUCAUUUCACCUACCCCGGUGUCACAUGCUCAAGGCAGUCCUAAAGCUGUGUUGUCCAUAAAGCCGGAGAGACCAGAGGCAGUACUGAGUGUAUCUCCACAGAGCUGGCUGACUGAAGGAGACUCAGUGACUCUAAGCUGUGAGGUUACAGACUCCUCUACAGGCUGGACAUUCAGCUGGUACACAGAGGACAGAGAAAUAAGAGACAGUCAUGGUGAAUCUCCUCCAGUCUCUCUGACCAUCAAUCCCAGCAGAACACAACACUUUACUGGUGACUCUCUCACACUGAGCUGUGAGGACCAGAGUAACUCUACUGGAUGGACAGUGAGACGAUACACACACAGUGAGAGAGUGUUAGACUGGUCAAGGUGGAGAUCAGUUACAGGAUCUACAUGUAAUAUCAGCUCCCUCUCCAUAUACGACGCUGGAGUUUACUGGUGUAAGUCUGAAUCUGGUGAAAACAGAAAUCCUGUCAACAUCACAGUGCAUGAUGCCGAUGUGAUCCUGGAGAGUCCUGUCCAUCCUGUGUCUAAGGGACAUCCUCUGACUCUACGCUGUUUAUUUCGCAAUGCAAAUACCUCAAACCUCCAAGCUGAUUUAUAUAAAGAUGGAUUAGUUCUCCAGACACAGACUACAGGAGAGAUGAUCAUCCAUAAGGUCUCAAAGUCAGAUGAAGGUUUCUACCACUGUAAAUACACAGGGGAACCAGAGUCACCGAAAAGCUGGGUCUCAGUCAAAGGUCCGUCAGGUGUAGAAGCUCCAUUCUCAGUGCUCCUGCUGAUCUGUAGUGUAGUGACGGCAUCUCCGUAUCUGCUGGUCACCAUCAUUCUGCUGUUCAAAUGUUACAGAGCUGGAGAUCUCACUGAUGGAGACAGAAUCAAGAAUGCAGUCAUAGAGGAGUGA